UCAAGAAUUUCCAUACUUUUCGUGGAAACAGAUUCCAGAAUUGUUUCGUAUUAUUCCGUAGGUCAGGUCUAGGUUGAGGUUGAAGUUGAGUUUGAAGAUUUUUAAGCUUAGAACUGAUAACGGCCCGCAAAUAAAUACACCAUUGCAGCAACUGGGAAUUUAGUAGGAGCUAUCUAUUCUCAAACAAACAAUGUCGAAACAGUGGGCUUUAGGAGCUAUUCUUUUGAGCUGCGCUCUACUGGGGCGAGGCGAUCCUGUCACUCCUUGUGGCGAUCAGCAAAUUUGUGUCUCUAAAGACCGCUGCUUAGCUCAAAUGGGACAAUACCGAUCGGCCGUGUGCCAAGCCUCAGAAGUUUGCUGCGACAUUUCGCAGGUGGACGAGUCAGUUGAUGUGACUGAAGGACCUUCGGAUGCUGAAGACCUAUGCGGCAUGAGCAAUCCAAGCGGACUGGAGGCGAACGCCAAUGCAUCUGAAGAUCAGGCGAAGUUUGGAGAAUUCCCGUGGACGAUUGCUCUGUUCCAUAAAGGGCAAUACUUCGGCGGUGGCUCUCUGGUUAGCCAGAAUGCUGUCCUCAUGGCAGCCCACCUCCUGGCGGAUAAGUCACAAGCCGAUAUUGUAGUCAGAGCUGGCGAUUGGGACUUGUCAAGCACGGAGGAGAGCACUCCGCAUGAAGAGCGCCAAGUUUCGAGGGUUGUGAAACAUGAGAACUUCGAUGUGAAAACUGGAUCCAACAACCUGGCACUCCUCUUCCUUGAGAGCCCGUUCCCCAGGACAGCACACAUCAGGCCCAUUUGUUUGGCCACCGCAGAGAGGUCCAUUGAUGCGCGCUGCUUUGUCGCCAGUUGGGGAAAAAAGGCAUACCCGGAUGUUGAGUAUUCGAGCAUACUGAAGAAAAUUGAGCUGCCCAUCGUGGACAGGGCUACGUGCCAGAAUCAGUUGAGGAAGACCAGACUGGGCAGAUCCUUCGUCUUGGCCCCUAGCUUCGUUUGCGCAGGUGGAGAGAAGGGUAAGGAUGCCUGCCAGGGCGAUGGCGGCUCCGCGCUGUUCUGUCCCAGGACCGAUGACACCUCUCGCUACGAGCAGGUCGGCAUUGUCAACUGGGGAAUCGAGUGUGGAAAAGAAAACGUACCGGCUGUCUACACAGACGUCACCAAAUUCCUGCCGUGGAUUGAGCAGCAGCUGAAGCAGGGCUCUAACGAAUUAAUGGGUAGCUAUAGAAUGUUGAUUCAUUAUUGAAUGACAGAAUUUGAA